CCGCAACUUAAGACCUGACCUUCUCGUUUCUACAGCGUCUUUAUUCCCUUUCCGCACCUUGCUCAUAGUCACCAACGUUCUGUCGUAGCAGCAGCUUCAAUCCCAGGACCCACAGCCAGAACGAGCUGAGCGUCAUCUACAGAAGAUACUGGGUUUGUCUCGGCGACUGAGUGCUGUGAGCAACAAACGAAAUCAUCGACUACUGCCUUUGAAGACAAAUCGUUGAAACGUGAAUAGCGAUAUAUAUCCGACACCUUCGACACUAGCCACAAUGUCCACGCUUGCCUACACUUCAAUCGAGGAGAUCCCUAAGAUCCAUGCGACCGCGCGAGCUGCUUUUCAGUCCGGGCGGACUAAGUCCAUCGAGUUCCGCAAGGCGCAGAUUGCCCAAGUCGGCUAUUUGAUCAAGGACAACGAACAGCGUUUCAAGGAAGCCCUUCGUAGCGACCUUGGCCGACCAGACCAAGAGACGGAGCUGCUGGAUUUCGGUCCUACUUAUGCAGAAGUGAAGGAUGCCUACAGCAACGUCGCGAAAUGGGCGAAGCCACAAGGCAUUCCCUUUUCGAUCAACUGGUUCGCAAUGAAGCCACGGGUUGUUGCCGAGCCCAAGGGCGUGGCUCUCAUCAUCUCCCCCUUCAACUUUCCCAUCUUUCUGCUCCUCACCCCUCUCAUCAGCGCCAUUGCCGCAGGUUCUGCCGCAGUGCUGAAACCUUCAGAGCAGACACCGGCGUUCAGCACAUUGAUAGCGGAACUUGUGCCCAAGUACCUCGAUCCCGAGCUGUAUCAUGUCAUCAACGGUGGAGUUCCUGAAACAACGAAGAUCUUAGAGCUACAAUGGGAUCAUAUUUUGUACACAGGCAACGGUCGCGUCGGCCGCAUAAUCGCCCUAGCGGCCGCGAAGCACCUCACGCCCGUCACGCUCGAGCUCGGGGGCAAGAACCCGGUCGUCAUCGACCCACGCGUCGACGUCAAGCUCGCCGCGCGCCGUCUGCUCUGGGGGCGCUUCUCGAACGCAGGCCAGAUCUGCCUGUCGCCCGAGUACGUGCUCGUCCCCGAGCACUUCCAGGACACCCUCGUGGAGGCCCUGAAGGAGGCGUACGCGUCGUUCUACCCAGAGGGUCCCGAGAAGUCGGAUUCGCUCUCGCGCAUCGUCUCGUCUGCGCAUGCGGCGAGGAUCAAGAAGCUCAUUGACGAGACGAAGGGCACUAUCGUCGUUGGUGGACAGGCGGACGUCGAGAAGCGGUACAUUGCGCCGACCGUGGUGCGGGACGUCAAGGAGGGAGAUUCGCUGCUCGGAGACGAGAUCUUCGGCCCGGUGCUCGCUCUGGUCCCCGUGAAGGACGUGGACGAGGCUAUCAAGUUCAUCCAAGCAAGGGAGUAUCCACUGGCAGUAUACGUCUUCACUCACGACAAGCAGUUCGAGAAGAAGGUCUUCAGUAACACGAAGAGCGGCGCCGCCGUGACGAACGAGACUGUCAUCACCGCAGGCGUGCCUGGGCUGCCCGUCGGAGGCAUCGGCCCCAGCGGGUACGGUUACUACACCGGCAAGCACGCAUUCGAGCAGUUCUCCCACUACCGCGUGUCCCUCAAGAACCCCGCUUGGGUCGACAAGGUUGCGUUCUUCUUCCGCUACCCCCCAUACAAGCCGGAGAACAGGAAGUAUGUCAAAGCCACGAGCUCGUCGCUGCCCCCGCGCCCAGGCAAGGGCGUCGUGAGCCGGGCCACGAAGAGGUGGGCCUUUUGGCUUCUUUUCGUCCUCGUGGGUGUUUCGUCGGCCGCGCUGACCAGGUCGAGGCGGCCUCAGCUAAAGGCGUGAUGUACAUGCAUAUCAGUGACUCUUCUUGUAAUGUGAUUGCCCACACAUAGUUGCGUUAUGCGUCGAGUUACCGAUCCGAAUCGGGGUAUGCGCCGAACUGUUCCAGGGCUCGACAACUCAGGACUAUUUCACCAUAAGGGUGGUCUACAAACGUCACGUCAACUCAGCCCUCCCCCCUCCGCUUUCGUUCCCAAGAUUUAAUCCUCUCUUUCAACUCUCAGCGAUCCG